AUGAGUACUCGUGGAGCAGGGAAGGUAGUGCGUGUGACUGGUGCUUCCGGUUAUAUAGCUUCAUGGCUUGCGAAGCUCUUGCUCCAACGUGGGUACACAGUCAAAGCCACUGUCAGGGACCCAAAUGAUCCAAAGAAAACAGAACACUUCUUUGCAUUUGAUGGAGCUAAGGAAAGACUUCAUUUGUUCAAAGCUAAUUUAUUGGAAGAAGGAUCUUUUGAUUCUGCAGUUGCUGGAUGUGAAGGUGUUUUUCAUACAGCAUCUCCACUACUUCUUUCAGCCACUGAUCUACAGGCAGAAUUAAUUGAUCCAGCAGUGAAGGGAACAAUUAAUGUUCUUAGAUCAUGUGCAAAAGUUCCUUCUGUCAAGAGAGUGAUUUUAACAUCCUCCAUGGUUGCAGUCACAUAUAAUGGAAAACCUCUGACCUUGGAUGUGGUAGUUGAUGAGACCUGGUUUUCAGAUGCACUGUUUUGUGAGAAAUUGAAGAGUUGGUAUAUGGUUUCAAAAACUUUAGCUGAGGAAGCUGCUUGGAGAUUUGCAAAAGAGAACGAAAUUGAUUUGGUUUCAAUAAAUCCAGGGUUUGUGAUUGGUCCUUUUCUACAACCAACUCUUAAUUUUACCACAGAGGAGAUUCUGAAACUUAUAAAUGGAGAUCAAACAUUUCCCAAUUCAUUCUAUAGAUUUGUCGAUAUUAGAGAUGUUGCAAAUGCACAUAUUCAAGCACUUGAAGUUCCUUCAGCCACAGGCAGAUAUUGUUUAGUUGAAACCGUUAUACACUGUUCUGAGGUUAUGAAGCUUUUGCAUAAACUGUACCCCACUUUGUGCCAUCCAGGAAAGUAAGUCAUUAUUAU